UUUACUUAAAAGACUCCCUUCCAAGACAAACAUACAAAGAAAGAAAGAGAGAGUGUGUCUGAGAGAGAGCCAGAGAAAGAACGAGUAGCUGUUCAAGGCUUAUCUAUCGCCACAGAGUUCUGUGCUUUGAACCUAGCUAGUGAAGUAAACAAAUGGGGGAGGAAAAUAAACCAGCGGCAGCAGCAACAGAGGAGAAGAAAAUGGAGGAGAAAAAACCAGAGGAGCCGAAGAAAGCAGAUGAAGAGAAGAAGGAAAAGAAAGAAACAGAGAAGGAGCCAAAGCCAGAGAAACCUGCAGAGGAAAAGAAAGAAGAGAAAAAGGCAGAGGAAUCCAAAGACCAAAAGUCUCCUCCACCGCCUCAAGAAAUCGUGCUGAAUGUUUAUAUGCAUUGCGAGGGAUGUGCUCGCAAGGUCCGCCGGAGCCUCAAAGGAUUUGAAGGUGUCGAAAAUGUAACGACUGAUUGCAAGACUCACAAGGUGGUUGUGAAGGGAGAGAAGGCGGAUCCAUUGAAGGUGUUGGAGAGAGUUGAGAGGAAAAGCCACAGGAAGGUUGAGCUUCUCUCACCGAUCCCAAAGCCGCCCACUGAGGAAGAGAAGAAAGCCAAAGAAGAGGAAAAACCCAAGACUGAAGAGAAGAAAGAAGAGCCUCAAGUGAUCACAGUGGUGCUCAAGGUGUUCAUGCAUUGCGAAGCUUGUGCAUUGGAAAUCAAGAAACGGAUACAGAGAAUGAAAGGAGUGGAAUCGGCGGAGCCAGAUCUAAAGAGCUCGCAAGUAACAGUGAAGGGAGUGUUCGACCCAGAAAAGCUGGUUGAAUACGUGUACAAGAGAACUGGCAAGCACGCUUCGAUAGUGAAGACAGAGCCAGCAGCAAAGAAAGAGGAAAAGAAAGCGGAAGAAUCCAAAGACGAGAAAAAGGCGGACGAGGGUGAAAAGGAAAAGGAAAAGGAAAAGAAAGAGGAGGGCGGCGAGGAGAGCAAAGACAAGAAAGAAGGCGGUGGUGACGGAGAGGCCAAAGCGGAGGAAGCUACGGCGGAAGAGACUAAAGUGGUUGAGGUGAAGGGGAAUCCGUAUUACUACUAUCCACCAAGAUAUGCUAUGGAAUUGUACGCGUACCCUCAGAUCUUCAGCGACGAGAACCCCAAUGCUUGUUCCGUAAUGUAAAUAACUCAUGAAGGUUUAAGGGCAAAAUUGGGAAUGUCUGUGCUCUGUUUGGUGGUGAGUAUAAUUGUCAGAUAAAAACUGUAGAGUAUUGGGGGUUUGUACUUUCUCUCCCUCUGUCUGUCACUGUUAAUUAUAGCAUAUGUUACAUAUAAUAAUUUCCCCUAAUAAGAAUUAUUGUACUUUAUGCAGGUAA